AUGCUCAGAAACGCAACUCACUCCGGUUCUUGGUACAGUAAUCAAGGUUCUAAAUUGAACAAGGAACUUGAUCAAUGGUUGGGAAGAGUUCCACCCCAUAUAGAAGAAGGUCUCCCUACUCCGGUCCCAGGUGCUCGAGCAAUUAUUGCGCCGCAUGCCGGAUAUUCCUAUAGCGGACCAGCCGCCGCAUACGCCUACAAAUGCAUUGAUCCCGAUUUCGUGAAACGCGUUUUCAUCCUUGGUCCUUCUCAUCAUGUGUAUCUCACCAAAUGCGCACUUUCAAAAUGUUCUCAGUACAAAACACCAUUGGGUGAUCUUACUUUGGACACAGAUGUGAUCAACAAGUUACGUGCCACCGGUCAUUUUGACGAAAUGACUUUGGACAUCGAUGAGGAUGAGCAUAGCAUCGAGAUGCACCUCCCGUAUACUUACAAGAUCUUGGAAAAUAAAAUUGAUUCCAUCAAAAUCGUUCCUAUUUUGGUCGGAUCAUUGUCCGAGUCCAGUGAAGCCUUUUAUGGAAAGUUGUUUAGUCCUUAUCUCGCAGACCCAUCAAACUUAUUCAUCAUCUCAUCAGACUUUUGUCACUGGGGACAUCGAUUCUCGUACACUUAUUACUCGGAUUCACCGGAGAAGGCCUUCUCUCUUUCUCGUAAAUCAAAUAAAUCACUCACCAUUCCAAUACACGAAUCUAUUGAAAGACUUGACCAUGAAGGAAUGACCAUCAUAGAACAUAUAAAUCACGAGGAAUUCGCCUCUUAUCUAUCGAAAACAAAGAAUACUAUUUGCGGAAGACAUCCCAUUGGUGUACUCUUAUGCGCGAUUGAGGCAUUGCCGAGCAAUCCUGAUACCGCUGAUGGAGAUAAAAGUAAACCUCGAAUUCGUUUUGUGCAUUAUGCUCAAUCCAGUAAAGUGACUCAUGAGAGUGAUAGCAGCGUUAGCUACGCGUCAGCUUAUGUGUAUUUACCGUGA